CACGUACGCGUAUCUAGCAUGCGUGAGUGUGCACCCGACGAUGCUUUUCUGGCAUCACUGCAUGUAUGUAUGUAUUUUGUCGUCGUUUCGAACAUGGCCGCGGUGGAGUGUAAAUCGAAAGACGAUAACUCGGCGGACUUAUCGGAAACGCCGGUAUUUUCUGAGGAAACUGUGAAAACGAUCGAAGGACAUGAAACGUUGGGAAUACCGUUGCAAUCUUCAUGGACGUUCUGGUUGGACAAAGCUGUAUCUGGUACAACUGUUGAAGAAUAUAAAGAAAAUUUAACGAAGAUUUAUACAGUGAACACUGUACAAAGUUUUUGGGCAGUCUUCAAUAAUAUACCAAAUGCUAGUGCUAUGCAGGUUAGAUACAGUUAUCAUUUGAUGAGGGAUGAAAGAUAUCCCUUAUGGGAAGAACCUGUUAAUCAAAAAGGUGGAACAUGGAGAUUAAAAUGUCACAAAUCUGAUACUGAACAGAUUUGGAAAGAGAUGGUGCUUGCAGCUAUAGGAGAACAGUUUUCUGAAUGUAUGGCUGAAGAUGAUGAAAUUUGUGGGGUAACCGUUUCUAUCAGAGACAGAGAAGAUCUUAUUCAAAUAUGGAAUACCAAUGCAACUUUAGCAUCCAAAGCUACUGUUUUACAAAAAGUUUCUUCUUUGCUACCCAAUGUGAACUUUACAGAAUUUUAUAAACCCCACCAAUCUCAUCAUGCCUAUGGCCGUCGUUAGACACACAUAAACAUUGUUGGGAUAUUAAUUAGUCGUUAAACAUAAAAAUGUAAUCAUAUUCAUGAUUAUACCAAGAGUUUCGAUUAUACAAACACUUCCUACAAAAUCGCAACGGAAAAGAGUUAUAAAAAUGUUCAAUUCGUUAAUAAUAAAUUGUUUAUUACGAAGGCAUAAAAAUCGUUAAUCGUUAAUAUUGUAUUACUUUUAAAUUAUCAAAUAUAUUUUUAUAUUUACAAUAAAUGUCUACUUCUUAACCAGUAUGUAUAUGUAUAUGCGAUACUAAACUAUUUUUUGUUCGAAAGAAUCGAAAUCGUUAGGUAAGAUUUCGGUUUGUUUAGAUGAAAAAUCAAAUUUUUUUAUCGCAUUUUCUGGAA